AGGAGGAAGAAGAAGAAGAAGAAGAAGAGAGGUUGGUGAGUGGAGAUCAGCAGUCUAUGGAGGAGGGGGAGAAGAUUAUCGGAGUUAAACCGGAGGAAUCUUCUCUAUAUAUGGACACAACAGAUGGACGGUGUUUCUGGAAUAUAAAUACAUCGGAGGGACAUCUUAUUAUAUCUCCAGAUUGUAAGGCAGAAGAUACCGACAUUCCACAAUAUUCUCCCAAAGUCACCUCUGAUUGGUUGGUUAGAUCAUCAGAUCCUUCUAAUCCUGAGGAACCUUCUGAUAAAUCCCAUACUAUGACCUCAGAUGUCCUUCCAAGUUCUCACAGUGCUGACAGAUCACCAGAUCCAUCCAAUCCCCAGACAUCUUCUUCAAGCCAUAAGAAGGUUCACACAGGAGAGUGUUCAUUGUCAUGUUCAGAGUGCGGGAAAUCUUUCACUAAAAACACAAACCUUCGUAGGCACCAGAAAAUUCACAAUGGUGAGCGUCCCUUUCUAUGUUCAGAGUGCGGGAAAUGUUUCACUACAAACAAAAUCCUUGUUAGGCACCAGAGAAUUCACACAGGUGAGCGUCCCUAUUCAUGUUCAGAGUGCGGGAAAUGUUUCACUGCAAGGAAAAACCUUUCUAUGCACCAGAAAAUUCACACUAUUGAGCGUCCCUAUCCAUGUUCAGAGUGCAGGAAAUGUUUCACUCUGAAACAACAACUUAUUGUACACCAGAGAAUUCACACAGGUGAGCGUCCGUUUUCAUGUCCAGAUUGCAAGAAAACUUUUGUUCGGAAAGCAGCCCUGGUUUCCCAUCGAAGAAUUCAUACGGGUGAGCGUCCUUUCUCUUGUUCAGAGUGCGGGAAAUGUUUUGUUAAAAAAGAAAACUUUAUUAUCCACCAGAGAACUCACACUGGUGAGCGUCCUUUCUCUUGCUCAGAGUGUGGGAAAAGUUUCCUUAAAAAAGAAUCACUUUUUAGACAUCUGAGAAUUCACACGGGUGAACGUCCUUUUUCAUGUUCAGAAUGUGGGGAAAGUUUCACUCGUAAAGGAGAACUUGCUGUACACCAGAGAAUUCACACGGGUGAACGUCCUUUCCCUUGCUCGGAGUGCGGGAAACGUUUCCUUAAAAAAAUAAACCUUACUGAACACCUGAGAAUUCACACCGGUGAACGUCCUUUCCCUUGUUCGGAGUGCGGUAAAGGUUUCUCUACAAAACAAAAACUUAUUAGACACCAGAGAACUCACACUGGCGAGCGUCCUUAUUCAUGCUCAGAGUGCGGAAAAUCUUUUGCUCAGGAAGGAACUCUUGUUGAACAUCAGAGAAUUCACACAGGUGAGCGUCCUUAUUCGUGUUCAGAGUGCGGGAAAUCCUUCAUUCAUAGAGGAUACCUUGCUAUACAUCAGAGAAUUCACACAGGUGAACGCCCUUAUGCCUGUCCACAGUGCAGGGAAUCUUUCUCUUUAAAAGCAGCCCUUGUUAAACAUCAGAGAAUUCACACAGGUGAGCGUCCCUAUUCAUGUUCAGAGUGCGGGAAAUGUUUCACUAUGAAAGGAAAUCUUGUGCAACACCAGAGAAUUCACACAGGAGAAAGUCCUUUUUCAUGUUCAGAUUGCGGGAAAUCUUUCAAUCGUAAGGGAAGCCUUCUGAAACACCACAGAAGACACACCACAGAGCGGUCUCAUUGCAUUCAGAGUUUGGGAAAUGAAUUACAUAGAAAAGAAGGCGGAGACAUCACAGAGAAAUCUCUUGCUGAUUGAUUGACAAAUGUACGAUGGCUUUUCCAGGUGGAACUGUUGAGUCCAUGGAACAUCUGGACGAUAAGAAAUUGUUUGUUAGAGGGGUACAUCCCGGCAGAAGUGAUAUUUUAUUUAUAGGUGGAGUUUGAUGGACUGAGUCUUCCAUUUUGUGACGGAACUCCUUGGCACCCCUUUUAGCUGCUUCUGCCAAACCGUGCCUCCUGCCCUCCAAACCAUUCCAGCAGACCGGGACCCAAUACCAGCCCUUUUAACAUUGGACGCAGACAAGAUGUUGCGGUAGAACUAAAGGAUUGACCGUUUAUUGAACAGAAGUACGGAGUUUUAUACACUUUAAAAGUAGGGCAGUCACCACAUGGACAAUAAAACCAAAUAUUACCCAAAACAUCAAACAAUAGUUUAUCUCCAAGAGAGAUUAUCCAAAAGACAGAAACAAUAGGUGAUUUAAUUAACAAUGGGAAUUCCCACCUAGACAAUGCUUUAAUUAAUCAGGGAUUGCAGACUGUCCGGCAACAGUAUUCAAGAAAACCCAGGGCUGUCCAAAUAUCAUUAACCAGCUUUCUUUUCACAUAAAUCUGCUCACUGAGUUUGAAGUUGGCAGAGACCAUCAUCGGACACAGACAAGAUGUUGCGGAAAGAAUGACCUUUUAUUGAACAGAAGUACAGGUUUUUAUUCACUUCAAAAGUAGGGCAGACACCACAUGAACAAUAAAACCAAAUAUUACCCAAAACAUCACACCAUGGUUUAGAUAACGAGCUAGAGUUGACACAAGGUUAAUUCCAUCAUAAAAACCUUCAAGAGUUAGUCAACAGACAGAAACAAUAGGUGACUUAAUUAACAGUGGGAAUUCGCAUAUAGACAAUGCUUUGUUUAUUUAGGGAUCCCAGACUGUCCGGCAACCGUAUUCAAGAAAACCCAGGGCUGUCCUAAUCUCAUUAACCAGCUUUCUUUUCACAUAUAUCUGCUCACUGAGGUGGGUAGGGGGUGGAAUGAUGCUCAAAGAUGGGUAGGUUGCAGAGACAAGGAACAGUGCUCGGAGGUGGAUAGGGGGUGGAACGUUGCUCAAAGAUGGGUAGGGGGCCGAGACAAGGAAUGGUGCUUGAAGGUGGCUAUGGGGCGGAGACAAAGGACAGUGCUCGGAGGUAGGUAGGGGGUGAAACGGUGCUCAGAGUUGAGUAGGGGGCAGAGACAA